AUGCUUGGCAGUUGUCUCGCUGAUGCUCUUGUUCAGGCCCAUUUUCAAGUUGACAGCAAUCCAGAUGGAGCAGAUUUGGAGAGAAUAGCAAGUAUGACAGGACUGAGCAAACGGGUAACUCAGGUUUGGUUCCAGAACUCAAGAGCACGUCAGAAAAAAUUUCAAAGUAACCGAAAAGCUUGCGAAGCGACGCUGGAAAAUAUUCAUUCAAUAAACGGUCCUGUGAGUCCCAGCCAGAAAAGCGAAGCCAGCAGCGAUGGAAUUUUUCCUUCGUCCGUCUUGACAAGGUCGUUUCAAUUAUACCUUUGCAUUCAUCGGUCACUGACUCCCAAUGUUUCAGCGCAGAAGAAGCCAUUGUUGAUUCUACAGCCAUGGGACCUUUACAACGUUACGAGUAAAGUGUUCGUUUUCUCUUGCUACCCUAGAUGCUCUUCUACUCGGUAA